AUGAAUUCUUUUUUUUUCUAUUUAGUCAUUAUAAAAUGUUCAAAUAUUGAAACAAAUACGUUCAAUUAUAUUGAAGUAUGUCAAGUAGCAUUAAACAAUAGUCAAUCAAUAUCAUCUGGUUCAUUUAUAAAUGUAAUAGGAUUUGUUAAUAGACCACCCGACUCAUUUGAUCUUAUAACAGAUCCAUUUUUUUCCUCAUCACCUUUAAUAAGUAUUCCUGCAAUUCAUGAUACUCCAUCAACUUAUGGUUUCAGUGGUGGUCCUUGUUUUUUAUCAUCAAAUAGAAAUCAAUGGAAAUUUAUUGGUAUAUUAACAGGAGCAUCGAAAUUAUGA